AUGGCUGCUGAGCUUGGGCACCUCGCCCGAGCAGCUGCCGCGAUACUUUGCCUGCUGAUUUCCCAUGUAGCAGCGGCCGACUCCCGUGCUCAAGCAAGGGUUUCGGGCGGGGCUAUAACCUGCAUCAGCACGGAACGGGACGCGCUUCUGUCCUUCAAGGCAGGCCUCCUCGACCCUGCUGACCGUCUCUCGUCAUGGUAUGGCCAAGACUGUUGUCGGUGGGAGGGAGUCCGCUGCAGCAACACAACAGGCCAUGUCAUAAAGCUCGACCUCCGGAACACCUACAUGUAUCAGGAAACAUACGACGUCGACUGGUCCAAAAGCCUUAGCUUGUCGAGAGCUGAGAUGAGCUCCUCUUUAGCUGCUUUGCGACAUCUGAGGUAUCUUGAUCUGAGUGGGAAUGACUUCAACGGCACUAGCAUACCUGUGUCCGUGGGCUCUCUGGAGAACCUAAGGUACCUCAACCUCUCGUCGUCUGAUUUUGGUGGGAGAAUACCUUCCCAACUAGGCAAUCUCUCAAAAUUGCAAUAUCUUGAUCUGAGUGGGAAUUACUUGUAUGUUGGUAGUAGUCUGCACGCAGUGGACCUUGCAUGGUUGGAGCGUCUCCAAUCGUUGAGUCAUCUUGACAUUAGCGAUGUGGACCUCAGUGCCGUGCAUGAUUGGGUUUACAUGGUGAACAUGCUUUCUUCUCUGAGAGUGCUUCGCUUGGCAAAUUGUGGCCUGAACAACACAGCUGUGUCUGCUAGUACUUCACAGUCAAAUCUCACACAUCUCCAAGUCCUUCAUCUCUCAUUCAACGUGUUUAUCACAUCACUAGAACAAAGCUGGUUUUGGGAUAUCACAAGCCUUAAGGAACUUUACCUGGAAUCUAGCUAUCAGCAUGGCUAUAUUCCUGAAGAACUGGGAAACAUGACGUCCCUUAAAGUCAUAGAUUUUGCUCACAAUAAUCUUGUGGGAUUGAUACCAACCAACUUACAAAAUUUGUGCAGUUUGGAAGUGCUGCUUUUCGGUGGUACGAACAUUAAUGCGAGCAUAGGGGAAUUCAUGGAUCGAUUGCCAAGUGUUCUUUAUGCCGAUGAUAACAUGAUAACUGGUAAUGUACCAAUGGGAGUUGGAGCACUUGGCAACUUGACAGUGUUGAGUCUCAGCGGCAAUAAACUCGAUGGUGUGCUUAGGAAGGAGCAUUUUUCAGGCUUAUUGAAAUUAGAGGAUCUACAAUUGGGGGGCAACUCCUUGAAAAUGGACAUCGAACCAAACUGGGUUCCUCCAUUUAGACUAAAGUCCCUAGACCUACAAUCAUGCACAGUGGGCCCCCGUUUUCCUGAUUGGCUUAGAUCGCAGACUGACAUUGUUGAUCUUGUUCUAACAAAUACAAGUUUGGAUGACGUAAUUCCUGAUUGGUUUUGGGUGACAUUUUCACGAGCUUGGAACUUGGAUGCAUCAGGAAACAAGUUGCGUGGUUCAUUACCGGCAAAUCUACAACAAAUGUCAGCUGGCUAUAUAUUUCUUGGGUCCAAUAAUCUUACAGGUCAAGUUCCACGUCUCCCUAUAAACAUAACACAUUUGAACCUGUCUUCAAACUCUUUCUCAGGGUCAUUGCCAUCCAUGCUAGCUCCAAUGCUUGAGGUGUUGUUGCUCGCGGAUAAUGAAGUUACAGGCACCAUUCCAUCAUCUAUGUGCCGGUUGAUUGGUCUAGCUCGACUAGACCUAUCUGGAAACAAAUUAACAGGAGAUGUUAUCCAGUGCUGGAACAAGCCAGAUAACGUUUCUUCAGUGUUCGGUGCAAAUUCGGAAGAUCAAUUUGGUUCUGGAAUGUAUACCCUAUCCUUAAGCAACAAUAAUCUCUCAGGUGAAUUCCCUAAAUUUCUUCAGAGUGCCUCACGACUGAGGUUCCUUGAUCUUUCAUACAACAGGUUCUUUGGAACAUUGCCCGAGUGGUUACCAGAAAAAAUGCCAGACUUGCAAAUCUUGAGGGUGAGAUCCAAUCUGUUCAGUGGUCAUAUUCCGAAGAAUCUUACUCGCCUUGAAAGUCUUCACUAUUUGGACAUAGCCCGUAACAAUAUAUCAGGAACCAUACCAUGGUCGCUAUCAAACUUGUCAGUAAUGAGGGGCAUGUAUCAGAAUAAGUCAGACUACAUGUUGGAGGAGAGCAUAGCAGUAAUAAUGAAAGACCAAACACGAGAAUAUACCUUUGAAAUCUUCCAUCUACUGGUGAAUUUUGAUCUGUCAUGUAACAGUUUAACAGGCCAGAUUCCAGAGGAAAUAAGUUUACUGAUUGGGCUUAACAAUCUGAACUUGUCAAGUAAUCAGCUGACCGGCAAAAUCCCAAAUCAGAUUGGAGAUCUGAAGCAGUUGGAGUCCCUCGACCUCUCCUACAACAAGUUAUCUGGUGAAAUCCCAUCAAGUUUGUCGGCUCUAACAUCUCUGAGCCACUUGAACCUGUCAUAUAACAGAUUAUCAGGUGCGAUACCAUCUGGGCAACAGCUAGAGGUUCUCGACAAUCUAAAUUAUACCUACAUCGGCAACCCUGGUCUAUGUGGCUACCCUCUCUCAAAGAACUGCUCCACUAGUACUACUGAUGCGGAGCAAAGCGGCGGCCAUGAAGAUACAGAUCAUAUCUCAUAUCUCUACCUUGGGAUGAGCAUAGGAUUUGUGGUCGGCCUUUGGGUUGUGUUUUGCACCAUGUUACUGAGGAGAACCUGGGCAAUUGCCUACUUUCAGGUCAUCGACAAGCUGUAUGAUGAGACUUAUGUGCGGGUGGCUAUUAGUUGGGCUCGCCUGAUGAAGAGGACCCACGACGACACAGCAUGAGGAGCCUGCUUCAUGUGCAGCUCAACUGGUGAAGAGCUGUAUGUUAGUACGUACUUUGUUAUUUGGAGAAUAAGUGGUACUUUGGUGUGUGUACUGCAACUAUGUACAAGUUUCUGGUGCUAUUAUCGAUCUGUUACCUGCAUAUGUACUUAAUGUACUGUAGCCCAGUAUAUUGUAUGGACUGAAUGAAGUGAAAAUAUUCGAUAAUGUUAGUAA